GAGAGAGAGAGAGAGAGAGAGAGAGAGAGAGAGAGAGAGAGAGAGAGAGAGAGGCGCAGAGACACAUACGGUCACUGGAAUUCCAUCAGAAAAAAAAAGUGAGGCGAGCAGGGCUUAGCGGGUGAAGAUUUUUCUAAUCCUUUCUUCAUCUUGGUGAGAAAGAAGCGACUCCACUCUCUUCUGACCGAAGCUCCUAUUGGAUCGUUUCUUGGCUUAACCACCCGUUUUGGGAUUUCUUUCGGUUUUUGCAUUUUAUUGCGACCCCCUAGCCAGUUCCAACCCUCUUUCUCCAAUCCUCUAUUCUCUCGCCCCCUUGCAUUCUCUAACCCCGUUCCUCUCAUUUGGAAGGGCUCUGGAAUAGUACUGGCUGUGAUUCGCGCAUCCCCGGAGAAGGGCUAAAGAGACGUCUAACCGAAGGACCGGGGUAUCGUUUUUCUCCCCCCUCUAUUUAUUUUAUUUCUUUUUGGGGAAGGGGCCAACGAGAGACACCCCAGCAGCACUGCCUUUACUCCCCCCCCCAACACCCCUUUUCUGCCAGUGGAGAGAAUAGCAGGGACACAAGAUCGUCAUCUGGUGGAAUAUCUAGGAUCACCGCAUUGGAUUUGGGACUGAUUAUUGCUGUUUGACUAUUAUUGUUAUUGGUUGAGUGAUUUUUUGUUUUUUGUUUUUUUAAGCCCAGGAGGGAAAGGGCAAAAACUGUUGGAUUUAUUUAACAUGAUCUUAGCAAACACCUUUUGCAUCCUCUUCUUUUUGGACGAGUCCCUGCGCUCCCUGGCCAGCCCCUCCUCCCUGCAGGGCUCAGAGCUCCACGGCUGGCGGCCCCCUGUAGACUGUGUCCGGGCAAAUGAGCUGUGUGCAGCUGAGUCCAACUGUAGCUCCAGGUACCGCACCCUGCGGCAGUGCCUGGCUGGCCGGGACCGGAACACCAUGCUUGCCAACAAGGAGUGCCAGGCAGCCCUCGAAGUGCUGCAGGAAAGUCCCUUGUAUGAUUGUCGGUGCAAGAGGGGCAUGAAGAAGGAGCUGCAGUGUUUACAGAUCUAUUGGAGCAUCCACUUGGGGCUUACAGAGGGAGAGGAAUUUUAUGAAGCCUCACCCUAUGAGCCUAUCACCUCCCGCCUCUCAGACAUCUUCAGGCUUGCUUCAAUCUUCUCAGGGACAGGGGCAGACCCGGCCAUGAGCGCAAAGAGUAACCACUGUCUAGAUGCUGCCAAGGCCUGCAACCUGAACGAGAACUGCAAGAGGCUGCGCUCAGCCUACAUCUCCACCUGCAAUCGCGAGGUCUCAAACUUUGAACGCUGCAACCGCCGCAAGUGCCACAAGGCCCUGCGCCAGUUCUUCGACAGGGUGCCCAGUGAGUACACCUACCGCAUGCUCUUCUGCUCCUGCCGGGACCAGGCCUGUGCGGAGCGCCGCCGGCAGACCAUCCUCCCCAGCUGCUCCUAUGAGGACAAGGAGAAGCCCAACUGCUUGGACUUGAGGAACCUGUGCCGGACGGACCACCUGUGCCGGUCCCGGUUGGCAGACUUCCAUGCCAAUUGUCGUGUCUCUUACCAGACAACGACCAGCUGCCCUUCAGACAACUACCAGGCAUGUCUGGGCUCCUAUGCAGGCAUGAUUGGGUUUGAUAUGACACCAAACUAUGUGGACUCCAACCCUACCAGCAUUGUGGUAUCCCCUUGGUGUAGUUGCCGAGGGAGUGGAAACAUGGAGGAAGAGUGUGAAAAGUUCCUGAAAGACUUCACAGAGAACCCAUGUCUCAGAAAUGCCAUCCAGGCCUUUGGUAAUGGAACGGAUGUGAAUGUGUCCCCCAAGAAUCCUCUGUUCCAUGCUACUCAGUCUCCUAGGAUGGAGAAGACCCCAUCCUUGCCAGAUGAUCUCAAUGACAGCACCAGCCUGGGGACUAGUGUCAUCACUACCUGUACAUCUAUCCAGGAUCAGGGACUGAAAUUCAACAAGUCCAAAGAGCUGAGCAUGUGCUUCACAGAGCUCACCACGAACAUCGUCCCAGGAUCCAAUUUUGUGGGAUCUCCUGACUCAGUGGAUGGCCAGCCCAGACCUGUGAUCACUCUGACUGCAGUCACCUUCCUAUUGCUGACGCUGGCAUUGUAGGCAACCAGGAGGACCGCAGCUGAAGAUUUCCAAAAGUUACAAAACACAACACACACAGACACAGACACAGACACAGACACAGACACAGACACAGACACACGCAGACACAGACACACGCAGACACAGACACACAGACACACACACAAGAACCUGCCUGACAAAAUGGAAACAGACAUAUGUACAGACACAGACACACACAUCAACACACACAUUCCUUGCAAAAAAAAAAAAAAUAAAUUCACCUUGUCUCUGAACUCAUCUCCUCUCAGCUUUCUGCUCUGGAGAAUUUUUUUCUAAAGCAAACAGACAAAGCUGGUGAUUGGCCUGAGAGCUGGCACUGGAUGCCCCCGGCAGUGGGGGAGGGCAGUUGGCUCUCAGAAUGCCCUUUGCAUUUUUCUCAGCAUUUCCUUUCUUCCUCCCUUUGUGGAAACAAGAGACAAAGGUGAUUCCGUGAAGCACUUGACUCUGGAAGGACCGGAAGCUGUGGCCGGAAGAGGCUUGAGGGAGAUGUGCUCCUCGUACAUUUCUACUUUUGGAACUUGCCCAUGGGACCAAAUUCAGCAGCCUGGCAUCAGUGUGUUUGUGGCCACUGAGGCUGGUGGCCGCCAGGGGAACCAGCUCAGCAGCCUUUAGCAUUUCCUCAUGGCGCCUUCAAGAACCGUCUUUUCUUUCCCCCUCUUUUCUCUUCCCCCCCCAACUCUCAUACCUUCAGAUAUCUGUGAAGGAGGGGUGUGUGUGUGUGUGUGUGUGUGUGUGUGUGUGUGUGUGUGUGUGUG